AAAGACAACAAGCAGAGACCCAAACAUCUGUGAGAGCAGGCCACUUCAAUAGUCACAGUCUGACUCUUCUCCUUCUCUCUUCAGAUUGACAUCCUUUGUCAAGACAGAAUGCUGCGGUAUAUUGUGGCCCUUGGGCUCUUUGUUCUCUCCUGUGCACAGGACUGCCAGGUGGCUAACAUCCAGGUCAUGCAGAACUUUGACAGGACCAGAUACGCAGGCACUUGGUACGCUGUAGCAAAGAAGGAUCCAGAGGGUUUGUUCUUAUUGGACAACAUCGUAGCCCAGUUCACCAUCAGUGACACUGGCAGCAUGACAGCGACUGCCGAAGGCAGGGUCAUCAUCCUCAAUAAUUGGGAAAUGUGCGCAAACAUGUUUGCCACAUUUCAAGAAACCGCUGACCCAGCAAAGUUCAGGAUGCGGUACUGGGGAGUUGCAGAAUACCUGCAAAAAGGAAAUGACGACCACUGGGUUAUUGACACAGACUAUGACAACUAUGCCGUCCACUACUCCUGCAGACUGCUAGACAGUGAUGGCACUUGUUUGGACAGCUACUCCUUUAUAUUCUCUCGUCAUCCAACUGGUCUUAGAGCACAGGACCAGCCCAUUGUCACACAAAGGAAAACUGAACUUUGCCUGCUCGGCAAAUACAGGCGCGUCGGACACUCUGGAUUCUGUGAAAGAGAUGCGCAGGCUUUGCCGAACAGCAGUGUUUAAUUUCACAGACUUGAUUCUCUCUUUUCCCAUGGAAGCGGCAAUUUCAUUUUCACUGUUUAAAUUGAAUUCUGUAUAAUAUACACUGUACAAUUGUUGCCGCAAGACCAUUGACAGCUUGUGGGGAAAAAAAGCCUUUUUAUUUUUCAAAUGUGUCAAGUAUAUUUAUUUAGGAUAGUUAGCACAAUCUAAUCCCAAAUACCACUUACAUGUAUACUUCUUGAGAAAAUGGAAGCAACAUGUCAAGACUCUGAAAUAAACAAUUCAUACUC